AUGAUCGGCUUUGCUGUCGUAGCACCGAACUUCGAUCCCAGCGAUCAGAAUAAGCAGACCUUCCGGACCAUGUCAAUUAUAUUGAUGGUCUCGAGACUCCUUAUGGUCGUCCAGUACGCCACUAUCAUCUGGCACGUUCGAAAAUACCAAAAAGCGAAACUGCCGCUCUCCUUAAUGGUUGGACUGCACUUUGUUGCCGCGAUGAUCUAUCUAGGCAUUACAUUUCGGUUCCGAGACUACAAUAGUCGUGUGUAUAUUGCUUGGUAUAUCAUUGCUGUCCUUGAGACUGCCCUUAACGUCGGUUUCUCCCUUGUCUGGGAUGUCCUGAGCUUUAAAGGAACUCAUCUGGUCAAUCGAAUGAGCCUCUUGACAUUAAUCAUUAUCGGCGAAGGUAUCAUCGUUGUGUGUACCAACGUGACGACAAUCGUUAAGAAUCCCAAUUCUUGGACUGGCGCAACGAUUGGAGUGAUCACAGCCGGAAUAGCAACAAUGUAUAUUGUCUAUCAGAUAUACUUCGAUUGGCAGAGACACAUCCACCUACCACCCAUCCGUCAGCUUUGCUGGGCUUUCCUCCACUUCCCCUUCCACUUGGCUCUGACACUAUUCGUUGAGGGCUCUUCACAGUUCAUCAUUUGGUGGAAGAUCCUAGAAGUUAUCUUUGGAUUUAGCGACAAGAUCGAUAAUGCCUUCAGUGCCGAUGUUCCAGAUGGCGCAAACUACAAGACAUGGUUUCUCAACACGCUCAAUAAAACAGUCUCGGAUGUUUUCGAGCUGUACCCUCCAGUCUAUGUCAAUACCUAUAUUGAUUAUGACGACUCCUUGGAUAAGCUGAAGGGCUUAAAUGAGUCAUUCUAUGAGCUACCUACGCUCGAUUCGAGUGAAUCAUCCCGCAUUUUCAAUGAGUCCAUCGUCAACAUUUUCACAACGGUCGAAAACUCGCUUUUCACUUCUUUCAAAAUCGAUUCAAUAGCGGAAACUGAAUAUUCGGGCGAUGCAUCCGAAUUUGAGACUGAAGUCAACACAGAGAACUGGGACCGUUUCUACCUCGUGUUCAUCUAUACAUUCGUGGCCGCCGGGAUAGUCCUUAUUUUGAUGAAUCUCCUAUUCAUCAUCUCCCGUAUGAAGCGAUGGACAGCCUUUAACAUCUUCCGAGCCGUUCUGAAUUUCCUGAUUGGUCUUGGUCUCGCACUCGUGUCUCUCAUCAGCCUAAACGACCACGAUGCGUCUCAAUUCCAGUCAACACCGUGGAUCUUACCGACGCUCUGCUUGACAUUUUUCUUCAUUCUGGUCGUGAACCACCUACCGAAACCACCACCGUUAUUCUUUAAGAAAAGGAACAAGACUUCGAAACCAGAGAACACUGUUCUCCUGGGCGGGCCGCAAUACGGGCCACCACAAGCACAGUGGCCGGGACAGCCACAUGCGCCCACUGAGUAUAACAAUGGCGGGUAUAACAACGCUCAGUACGAUAACGGCCAGUACAACAAUACUCAAUACAACAGCCAGUACAGUAACGAGCAAUACAAGAAUGUUGCACUCUAA